GGGCUCAGUACCACGAUUUCCACAGUUUUGGUUGGUGCUAGACAUGAUCUUUACCACCACGUAGAACAAUGGACGUGUACCAAAGACGCACGAGAUGGAAGUGAAUAAACUUAGGUGCUUAGUGGACGGCGUGAAGAUAGUAUGUAAUACCCAUAGAUACGAUCGAGGACCCUGUCGCAAAACCGGCUUAUCCAGGUUUCAAAGUUUCUGAUAAGCCAUAGCAUAUAUUGUGAAGAUCUCGGAAGAUGCCACAGGUGAAAAAUCUUUUUUGGUAUAAAUUGAUCUUAAUAUCCUCUCCUUCUUGGGGCAACUAAUUACAUUUGACUUUAGAAUAUGUCUGCUUCAGUGGUCAGUGGUCAAGAGAAAGAUAAACAUCAGGUUGUUUAUGCAACCCAAGAAGAUGUUGGUUCCUUAAAGGAAAAUGAAAGCGACGCAGGGGAAACGUUAAGUAAGUCCCUUACUUCCAGGCAUUUGGGAAUGAUUACGCUUGUGGGGGUAUUUGGAACCGGUUUAUUUCUUUCCUCUGGUGGUACUUUGGCUACCACUGGUCCGGUUGGAAUGCUUUUAGCUUAUAUUCUCGUGGGUCUUGUUGUCGGUGCUAGUCAAAUGUGUAUUACUGAAUGUGCUUGUUUUAUGCCUGUAACCAGUGGUUAUGUCAGACAUUCUGAACAUUUUGUUGACGAUGCACUUGGAUUUAUGAUGGGGUGGACUGAUAUAUAUUCCUCGAUUAUGCCCAGUGAACUUUCUGCUGCUGCCGUGGUGGUGCAAUAUUGGACCGACUUGAGUCCAGCUAUCUUUAUUACUAUCUUUGGGGUAGCCUGUAUAGCUACCAACGUUUACAACGUAAGAUGGUAUGGAGAGAUUGAAUUUGUGUUUGGAAUCUUGAAGCUUUCUUUGAUUGUCAUAUUGAUAGUUACCGGUCUUGUUAUUGACUUGGGUGGAACUGGUGAUAGAAUUGGAUUCAGAUACUGGAAAGAUCCAGGCCCAUUCAAUGCAAAGUACACUACAGGUAGUUUGGGAAAUUUUGCAGCCUUUUGGAAAACGGUUUCCUCUGUGGUUUAUGCUUACGGAGGUGUGCAGGCCAUUGGUUUAUUGUCUGGGGAAGCUGAAUUCCCAAGAAGAGCAAUUUACAGGGCCGCAAAGAGAGUAUUUUACAGAGUGUUUACUCUUUACCUUCUCACUGUUUUCGUGUUGACGUUGAUCGUCCCAUCGAAUAACGAAACAAUUGCGUCGCCUAAUGGAACUGCAGCAGCCUCGCCAUUUGUAGUCGCUAUGCAAGGGCAAGUGAAGGUAUUGCCUCAUUACAUCAAUGCUAUUGUUUGUACUUCUGCUUUUAGUGCGGCUAAUAUUGGUAUUAUCAAAGCUUCAAGAACUUUAUUCGCUUUAGCUGCGAAGGGUCAAGCACCAAAGCUUUUCUUAAAAGUUAACAAACACGGAUUACCAUGGGUAGGAGUCACUUUUGCUUGUGCUUUCAUUCCAUUGGCUUAUAUGUCAGUCAGUUCCGGAUCUAAAACUGUGUUCUCUUGGUUCCAAAGUAUUACUUCGUCAAAUCUUCUUUUGAAUUGGAUUCUAAUCUCUGUUAACCACAUUGGAAUGACCAGAGCUUUCAAAGCUCAAGGAUACAGCAGAAAACUCUUACCCUACAAGUUCAAGGGAACAGUUUUCGCUUCGUGGUUUUCCUUAUUCUUCUCGGUGCUUUUCUUGUUGACAGGUGGAUUCACCAACUUUAUCCACGGUCAAUUUGACUUUGGUUCUUUCUUUGGAGCGUACUUUAUCAUUCCGUUGUCCAUUAUUCUUUAUUUUGGAUACAAACUCAUCAAGAAGACCAAAUUAAAGGACCCCAAAAAGGUUGACUUGAAGAGUAUUUUCAGGGAUAUUGAACUUUAUCCUGAACCAGAAUACCCUAAGUUAAAAGGCUGGGAGUAUAUCACCCUUCUUUGGGCUUAAGUGAAGGAAUAGUUAGUUCCGUAGUUAAUAAAAAUACUUGCUUCUUAUGG